AAGCCUCUCCAGAGCAUCCCUAAGACGACAGGAUGGGCGUCUACGAAGAAAGAGGGGAGCAAAUCAAACCAAACCAGAAGCUGGUUAGUUGGAGAACCAAGCCAACUUCGUUCAACAGGGGACGUCCCUUAGAGAUUCUUUAUGCAAUUGGGGGAGUCAGCCCUACGGGCCUCCCUGGUGGGGUGGAGCGUUACAACCCCCUGGAUCAUGAGUGGCAAAUCCUGGGCUCGGUCUCGAGGCAGCGGAGUGGCCUUGGGGUGGCUUCCCUUGAUGGCUCCAUCUAUGCAGCAGGCGGCCACGAUGGGCUUGUGUGCCUCAAUAGCGUUGAGAGGUAUGUGCCCGAAAUCAAUGAGUGGAAGAGAAACGUCGCCCCUCUGAGUGAACCCAAGCAAGAUGUAGCUAUGGCAGAACUCGGCGGUUACUUAUAUUGUGCCGGUGGUUUUGAUGGGCUGGUUUGCCUCAACACGUUGGAAAGAUACGACCCUGCUCUGGACAGAUGGCAGAAGUUGGCACCUAUGAUGUGUCGUCGGAAAGGCUUGGGCUUGGCCGUACUGGAUGGAUGUUUAUAUGCUGUUGGGGGCUCCGAUGGAUAUUCUCCCUUAUGCUCAGUCGAGCGCUACAAUCCCACCGAAGACCGGUGGGCCGCCUGCCCUCCGCUCCGCAGCUGUCGUGAAAACCUGGGCUGCGUUGCGUUGCAAGGCAAGAUCUAUGCCGUCGGUGGGCAGGAUGAACUGACCGAACUCUGCACCGCUGAGCGCUUUGAUCCCCUCAUCAACCGAUGGGCGCCUGUGAGGCCCAUGAGGUCCAAGAGGAGCAAGGUUAGCCUUGCUGCUAUCCAUGGGCAACUCCUGGCCAUCGGGGGCUACGACGGCAUCGUUCACGUUUCGACGGUGGAAGCCUUCGAUCUGGACCUCAAUGCAUGGAGAAGUUUUGGGAACAUGAAGAGGCGUCACCCAGGUGGAGGCGUCACCGUGAUCCAAAUGGCCCCUGAAGAUGCGGAAUCCUUGAAGUCUCCUUGGAGCAGAUAAUCAGAAGAUAAACAAGAACUAGUUCUAGAUUCCGAUUAGGUAGGGUGAGUUCUUUAGCUAGAUCUGAGCUGCCGCAGGACGAAGGAGCUGUACAUCCAUACUUGAAAUAAGAUUAUUUAUGUUAUUCGUUCACUUUUCUAUAGCCGUCCAUCUCAGUCCAGCUGAUUCUGGACAGUGAACAAUUUCACAACCCUUAAUACACUAAAUUGAAAAAUCGAAGUAUGGAGAUACUAUUGCUUGCUCCACUAUUUAUUUUCAGGGUUGGGAUCUCCUUGGAUCCUGACCUAAUAUUUUCACCAGUGCCUUCCCAAUUGCA